CACACUCUCAAAGAAAAAGAAAGCCAAGUGAAGCGAAUCAUGGACUGGCUUAGACGCAGCCUUUCGAGGAGUUCAAGGAAUAGCAAAACAUCAAACACCCAAACACAGCCCAACUCCAAAGUACGACAAAAAGAAGAAGAAGAAGAAGAAGAAGAAGAAAGCAUUUACGGGAUCACUGAGGAACUCAUUAACCACAUCAAAUCUUUCACCCUCGACACUUUUAAGAAUUUCCCUCUCCGAGAUGAAGAUGAAGGCACUUAUGGGGAAGAAACUCAAUCCUCUUCAACAAUAGUUAGAAAGGAUCUCUCUCAGUGGCAAGAGAGACAUGCAAUCCUCAUACUAUCAAGAGUCAAGGAAAUAUCUCAACUGAGAUAUGUACUCUGUCCUCGCCAUUUGAAGGAAAAUAAAUUCUGGAAAAUUUACUUUAAGCUUGCCCGGAGUCAUGUUCUUGAAUAUGAGCUUCGCGAUGUGCAGCGGGAGAAACUGAAGCGGAUGGCUAUGGAAGAUGAGAAAUCUUCAGACAAGAGCCCUUAUGAAGUUGAAAUGGCAGAAGCAACGCAAGGGAACUUUACUGCACCUUUACCCCUCACAUAGAAUGAAAGCACUAACAACAUUGGUUGGUAGCAUGAACAGAACACAACAGACAAAAUGGUGCAGAAUCUUUGGAAACAUCUGAUGGGGGAUCAUGCUUACAGUGGGAAGCUAUUUCUUAAAAUUGACAAUUUGAGUUGCCAGUCAAAUCACAAAUCCACAAUGUUAACAAAUGAAUCACUAGUGUUGUUUAAUUUGGCUAAUUAGUUUGUGAUAAAUAUUUGUCCCUCCUCUUCAUUCUUGUCAUGGUCAACCAAAAACAAAUGAUAAAUGUACAAAAUC